AUGAUGGAUUUACUGGUAGACCCAAGCAAAGAACAACCUGUAGAUUACCGUUCUUCUGAUGAUCAUCCUUUAAAUUAUUCACAAACUUCAAAAUGGGCCGAAUACUUUGCUGAUAAUGUAAUACUUGAACAAAUUGAUAAAGAUGUUAGAAGAACAUUACCAGACUUUGCAUUCUUUCAACUACCAGUUCCUCAAAGUCCAUUAAGUCCAUUAAGUCCGAGUCUUACCGCAAAAUACAUAAAUAGAAUUAAUGGCACACGAUCACCGUCCAUCCUAGAAACUUUAGAUAGCAUUAAUGAUGAUGAUGCUAGCUUUAGCAUUUAUAGUGAUUCCACCAUUUUGACAAAUCCAGAAUCUGAAUCUGAAGUUUCAAAUUUAGACCCUCAUUUGGCUAUAAUGUCUCAAUCAAUUCCAUUUCAAAUGGAUGUUACAACUCCUGUUGCACCAAUCACUACUCGUAGAUCCAUAUUCAAACGUGUUCAACAUUUAAAUAAAGAAUGUGGGAAUCGACGUACUCCUUCUCCUGCACCAAGUUAUAGGUCUGAUGGGUCACGAGAUGAUGAUACCGAGGUUGAUUUACAUUGGGAAGCCGUUGAACGGAUUUUAUUCAUAUAUGCAAAAUUGAAUCCUGGUGUUGGGUAUGUUCAGGGUAUGAAUGAAAUACUUGGUCCUAUUUAUUAUACUAUGGCUAAUGAUUGUGAAGAAGAAGGAAAAGAAUUCGCUCUUCCAGAUGUUAUUCGCCUCUGGGAUUCAAUAUUUGCUGAUAGUGAUGAUGAUGAAGAAUUAUCCAGUGGAUUUGAAUUUUUAGUUGAUUUUUACGAAUUACUUGAUGGAUCAUUUGCAGAUAACAUCAAACUUUUACAAGUAGAUAAUAAUGACAACAUGGAUUAUGAUUCAACUAUAAUACAACAUCCACCAACGGUAAAUGCAAAUGAUAUGAGAAUUAAAGGGUUGGCAAUGUUGAAAAAACUUCAAGGGGCCAUGAAUGGUAUAAAUAGUAAGGGAUUAAAUGGUCAUAAAAAUGGGGUUUUUGGUAUAUCGAACAAUAACGAUGGUAUUAAUGUGAUGAGCGAAUUUGCAAUGAAGUUUACAAAUGCUUGGAAGAAAAAUUUUAUCGAUUAA